CUUCCCUUUAUCUACUGUUCCUUCGGAUUCCAAACAAGCCCUCAUCAACUUCUUUCUUCCUCUCUCUAUAUUCUAAAUUUCUAUUUAUACAACCCCUUCCCUCAAGUUUUACUGUUCUCUAUAAUUAUAUAUAUACACACACACAACCCGGUAUCUUAGCAAGAAGGAGGUUUUGUGAAAAAGAGAGAGAGAGAGAAUAAUUAAAAGGGCUUUCUUUGCCUUCUACUUUGUUGUCCAACAUAUUGCGAGAGAAGAGCUAUUCAAUUAUCUUCGUCUAUCUUUCUCCUUCGACCUCCUUUUAUUUUCCUUCUUAUUUCACCUCCCUCUUUCAGCUUGAGAUCAGACAUGUCGAGUUGCAGCAUCGAUGUUGCGCCUGAGCAACUCUGCUACAUCCCCUGCAACUUUUGCAAUAUUGUUCUUGCGGUGAGUGUUCCAUGCAGUAGCUUGUUUGACAUCGUGACCGUUCGAUGUGGGCACUGCACCAAUCUAUGGUCCGUGAACAUGGCCGCCGCGUUUCAGUCACUGUCAUGGCAAGAUGUUCAGGCACCCGGGCACUGCAAUCCAGAGUAUAGGAUUGACACUGGCUCCACCUCAAAAUGCAACAAUAGGAUUGCAAUGCGUGCACCCACCACUCAUGUAACUGAGGAGAGGGUUGUGAACCGGCCUCCCGAGAAGAGGCAGCGAGUACCUUCUGCUUAUAAUCAGUUUAUAAAGGAAGAGAUUCAGAGGAUCAAAGCCAAUAAUCCUGAUAUCAGUCACAGAGAAGCAUUCAGUACUGCUGCAAAGAACUGGGCACAUUUUCCCCAUAUUCAUUUCGGCCUGAUGUUGGAGAGCAACAAUCAAGCUAAGAUGGAGAAUGUCUCUGAGAAGCAUUUAAUGUCAAGGGCUGCGCUACUGAACAAAUGAAGGCUAUCUUAAUCAUAUCACAGGACUUCAGUUUAAUUUGAGUCUGUCAAGAAAACAAUGUCCUGACUUAUAAUGAGUUUUAAGGACAAUCAGCACUUUUUUUUUCCUUUCGCUAGUGUAUUGUCACUAUUUACUACUUGUUCA